GCCACCUGGCUGGCGCUCUGAGGCGGCCGGAGGCCAGGGGAGGGGGCAAGAUGGCGGCGGUGGUGGAGGUGGAGGUUGGCGGCCCCCUCGACCACGAGCCGGAGGAGGCGGACUUAUCCCACCUGGCUCCGGAAGACAGAUGGAGGGUCGAGCACGCACGGAUGCACGCUAAGCACCGGGGACAUGAGGCCAUGCACGCGGAGAUGGUCCUCAUACUAAUCGCCACGCUGGUCGUCGCCCAGCUCCUCCUGGUGCAGUGGAAACAGAGGCAUCCGCGCUCCUACAAUAUGGUCACCCUCUUCCAGAUGUGGGUCGUCCCCCUCUACUUCACUGUCAAGCUGCAUUGGUGGCGCUUCCUAGUCAUCUGGGUCUUCUUCUCAGCCGUCACUGCCUUCGUCACCUUCAGAGCGACCCGCAAGCCUCUUGUGCAGACGACGCCCAGGUUGGUGUACAAGUGGUUUUUGCUAAUAUACAAGAUCAGCUACGCAACGGGAAUCAUUGGGUACAUGGCGGUGAUGUUCACAUUGUUCGGGCUUAACUUAUUAUUCAGAAUCAAGCCAGAAGACGGGAUGGACUUCGGGAUUUCCCUGCUGUUCUAUGGCCUCUAUUACGGCGUGCUUGAGCGGGACUUUGCCGAAAUGUGUGCUGACUACAUGGCGUCCACGAUAGGGUUUUACAGUGCAUCAGGCAUGCCGACAAAACACCUCUCGGACAGCGUCUGUGCCGUCUGUGGGCAGCAGAUUUUUGUCGAUGUCAACGAAGAAGGGAUUAUCGAGAACACGUACAGACUGUCCUGCAAUCACGUCUUCCACGAGUUCUGCAUCCGCGGCUGGUGCAUCGUUGGGAAGAAGCAGACGUGCCCCUACUGCAAGGAGAAGGUCGACCUAAAGCGAAUGUUCAGCAACCCCUGGGAGAGGCCGCACGUCAUGUACGGGCAGCUGCUGGACUGGCUGCGCUACCUGGUGGCCUGGCAGCCGGUCAUCAUCGGGGUGGUGCAAGGCAUCAACUACAUCCUGGGACUGGAGUAGCUCUCCUCCCCGGCUGCCUCCCGCCUCUGCCAGUGUGGGCCCAGAGAGCCACGUGGCCCGGGACGUUGCAGAAACCCCAGGGAGACGCGCGGGGUUUCCUCUUCGCCGGAGGCCCCUCUGCUCGCAAAGUCGGACAAGGACCUGUGGCCCCCAGGGAAGCGCUCAAACCGCCCGAGGGUCGGCAGGGAGGGAGGAGAGGCCUUUUCUAAAAAAAAAAAAAAAACAAAAAAAAUUAUAAUGAGCAUAUUUAAGAUCUUUUUAUCGCUGAUUUCCGAAGGGAAGGGACUCGCCCGGGUUCGUCUUCGCUCCCGCCCUGCUCUCCCGUAGCGUACCCGCUUGCUGUAGAAGGAGGAAAGAAGCCGAGAGAAUUUGUGCAAUCCGCCUCCCCCCCCCCCCUCAAGCGCCACUUGGAGGGGGGCAACCCUGCCGCUUCAGCCCCUCCCAGGAGUGAGAACGGGAGCUCGGGGGGGGGGGGCAGCCAGCAGGUUGGGGCCAGGUCUACCUCCUGCCCCCUCCCCUCCGCAGGCCAAGUUGUCAUCUGGGGAGUGCCAGUCGUUGGUGCUUGGAAGGCGGGGGGAAUGCUGGCUGAGUGGAAGGGGAGGUCCUCUUUGAGUCAGCUCCUUGACCUGGAAUUGCCUGUGCCCCCCGUCCCUUCUCUUCCUUGUUGUUCUCGAGGUGACGGGUGGUGGCAAUAACCCCCUCCCUCCAUCCCCCCCCCCCAUCAGCCCAUCUUGGACGUUGAACUUGGACUCGAUCUGAAAAAGGAACUUUCGUUUGCACUAUUCUUCUUGUGUGACCUCCCCCCCCCCCCCAAAAAAAAAACAUUGCCGUUAACUCUUUGCACAGCUGGGUAGUUUCCUCCACAAAGAGGGGGGAGCGUUUCGGGCCCGGCUCAACAUGUGCAGCUUCUGCACCUUCGGGAAGCAGCCAGGGGGCUUCCAGCUCCUCGAUACCUUCCCAGAAAAGGCACGUUAAAAUAUUUGGAUUCCCCGGGCAAGGGAGAGACGGGUCGCUUGUGUGUGGUUUCCGUUGUGCUCGCCCGAAAAAGGCGGCACUGCCUGUCGAAUCCAACUCCCCCGGUGGGACGUCUUUCCGUUCGGACACAGCCGUGGGGGUCUUGCUUGCCUAGCCAGUCACUUUGUGAAGGUGGGAAAGGGGAGGAGAUGGCGCUGCUGAAGAGCCAGCCUCUUGGCCACGGCCACUCGCGUGUUUUACUCUGAGAAGCCCCAUAGGAAUGUGCAGGUGAGCUCCAUCUGUGAGUAAGGGAGGCCUUGCCUCGUCACUUCCGGACUUCCACCCCGCCCAACCUCUGAUGACCUUAGGGAGUGUGUGGGGAAACUCCUGAGGGCGAGCGGGGAAACUUCCCGACCCUUCCGGACCCGGUGAGUCGCCGAGGACUCAGAGCCCCACGUGGAUCAGCUGAUGGGGACUCAUCCCAGGGUUGCUUCAUGACACCAUCUUCUGACCGCCCAGUUCCAGUGGAAUUUGGAGAGGUUUCCAGGCUCUGAAGAAACGAGGUGGAAUUCGGGUUGCCGGUAGAACAGGACAUCAGUGUAGUGGGGAGGCCAACGGUGUGUUCCUUGAGGACAACAAGCUGCUCCUCCGCAGUUAUUAUUUUCCCACCUGCCCCCCCCCCACUCUUGCCUUUGGGGUUGACCACUUCCUUUGUCCCCCAAGGUAGACGUUUUUCAUUGCUCUGAAAUGUAGGGUUGAGUUAGAUGUCUUCUGCAAGAAAAAGGGGACGGCUUUCCUCUGGUAGGCCCAAGGGAGUCUUCUGCUGGCACGUGGGACUUCCCUCUUGCAGCAGCGGGAGGCUUCUUGGGCCAAAGGAGGGCGGUGUUGGAAACAGAACAGAUCCACGGGAUCCGGCCCCAAGCAAGCAAGCAAGUGGGAAAGUCGCAAGGCAAGAAAGACUUGGCAAUUCAGGUGUCUGGCUUUGGCAGGGAACGUUUUCUCUCUCCGGUGGGCGCCACCAGCAUUGUUGGUUUUCAGAGGACAGAGUGGCUUCCUGCAGAGCUUUUUGGGUGGGCUGGGAAGGGGCGUAUUUGCCGGUGGCAGCUUCUGCCUCACGUCUGCCCGAGUUGGCCAGCAGAAGAAAGGAUCCAAAUACGUCCGCUAGAUCUCGGGGGGCAGGGGAGCAAUGAGCUAGCCACGGUAGGGGCAGUGGCUUAAUGCAAAGCAGUUCUAGCGGGCACAUCCCCACUUUGGUCCUUGCAUCGCCCUCCUGCGUUGAGUCGUGCAUGCUCAGGGGGCCAGCGUGGCGGUCAGCGGAGCAGCAAUGCAUUAUUUAAUCCACGAGACCGCCAUUAGCACCGAAGCUCUCUUCGGCGGGCUGCCAUUUUGGGAGACAGCCCAGUCAGGGGUUGGUUGGUUUGUUUUUCUUCUUUCCACCUGAUAAAAGACGUGUAAUAAAUUGAGCCAAAAUCGUU